UGAGAGCUUGUUUUAUGAUAAAGUACUUGCCAAAACUAUUCAAAGAUAAAUGUCUUUUGAGAGCAAGAAUUUGAAAUAUUCGGGAAAAGUGGUCAAUUUUUCUUUAACUACAGCAAAGCGUUGAUGUCCCUUAAAAUGCUAUAACAUCUUUGCAUGAUUAAAAAUGAACUGAAAUCGAGUUUGAGAAUGUGGAACUCUAUUCUACUUUGUUUUAAAUAGUUCUGUUAUACGUUUUUCUUACUUCUGUUAUUAUUAUGUUCUGUUCUGUUAUUACUUGAAUGAACUAUUGUCGCUUUCUCUUUCUUCCAGAUAAUUAUAGCACAAGGAACAAUGGUUUUUUCCUCAACGUUGCUAUUUCAUAGAAUAUAACAAAAGCAAUUCUCUAUUACACUCAGUAGAAGGUAUGAGCUGGAUCUAAAUGUGUCCAUCGCAGAAGCGAUAAUCGUCGAUGAAGAUUAGACCUCACUAAAUUUAAUCAGAAAUAUGUAAAUCUUUUGACUAGUAUCGACAACAUCACUUUAAUAGUGCAGAAAAACGAGAGCUCACAAAUUAAUUCUCGACAGCUGCCAGACGUACAACUAUUUCAUAGCAAGUAUGCGCCUUGGAGACAACUGCCUCUGCAAUUUCUUUUAUCGAUUAGAGUGCUCUGCCCUUUAUGAUCCACUUUGAGCGAAUAAAGUGGUCAUUUUAUAAUUGAAUGCGAUUCUUAUUUAGUUUCGAUAAACUCGCACAAACAUUAAUUAGAAACAUGUCGCAAAACCAAGGUCCUUUUCUGAUGUCCACACAUGGUCAUCCGUCAUUCAAUCCUCGUUUGCCAAAUAAAAGAUCAAGCAAUGGAUUACUUAACAGCAAUGCACCAUCGACAAGACCAAUUAAACCAUCGGACAAAGGUCCAUUGUCUUACAUGCGUUAUCCAAGAAAAACAUUAAAUUCAAGUCGUAAUGUUUAUGACAAACGACCCCACGAUUUACUGGAGCAUGAAGAUCGUUCUGGCUAUGGUGGAAUGCGUAGUAGUAACCCACAACACAUGGAUGCUGUAUUUACAAUUGAACCAGCUGCGGAAGACGAAGAAGCAGAUGAUGUUUAUUUCUCUUCGAGACAUAUGGCUGCAGCAAGAUUUCAACGUAACCAACGUUUAUUGUGCGAUGUAUUCAAUGAAGUUUGUAUUCCUGAUCUUCGAUCAAACAUCACCGUUGAUCGUAUCGUGCAAUUACGUCGACAAGUUGAUUCGUUGAAAAGUCAUCGUGAAACAUUUGAAAAAGAACUUCAAGAGUUGGAAGAAAAACAUUUGGAGAAGAAGCGAAAGUUUCUCGAAUCGAAUGAAAAAUUUCAUAACGAUUAUCUAGAAGCGUGUUCAUCUACAAACAUAAGCAGAGAAAAGCUGAACGAAAUGUUACAACGUUUUGAAACGAUGGAAAAAUUACAGCGUGAAAAACAACAACAAAUAAUUCUACAACAGCAACAACAAACUCAGCAUCCGCAAGCCUCAUUGCCACCACCUACCGGUCUUCCGAUGACACAACAUCUUCCCGCUCCCACGAAAACAGGAGUUGAAUCAUUUCCACAGCCUGUUCCUGAUUCUAUAGUUGAAAGUGAGCCUAUGGCAUAUCCUGGACUAGUCUCACCAGCACCAUUGCCUUUACCAAGUCAGGUAGCAACGGUAGCAGCGCCUCCUAUACAAAAUGUUAUCGGAAACACAACUCCUGUGCCCUUCGCAGCUGCAAAUGAAGCGAUGGCGCCUUCGCAAUCUAUAUUGAAUACAGUAAAUCAAGUUUCCGUGCCCACUGCGUCUCUAACAUCGUCGCGUUCUAAACUUCAACAACCAGAUUCAAGUUCACCUGUGCCACAACAGCAAGUUCCCUAUCGUCAGACUCCGUCUCAAAUGCCGCCUCCGUUACCUGACAUUUCAUCACAAACCAGUGGCCAACUUCCGGUACAGAUUCCACAACAACAAUCAUCUCCACAACCUCCAUAUUCGAAUAUGCCUAUUUCCUCCACAACGACAGCAAGCACGAUUCCACAGCAAAUCGUACGGCCGCCAAUGGCCAAUUCAAUGUACGGCGCAACUUAUCAACAAUAUCCUAUGAUGAAUGUUGGUUACCCGGCACAACAACAAUAUCGAAUGUCAUCUGGGCAAUCUCCUAAUCAACAAAUGAAUUUUCAAGACCAGCAACAACAACAACAACAACAACAACAAAUGAUGGCCUAUCGGAUGAACCAGUCACCAAACAUGAUGAAUAUGCAAGGACAACAACCGAUGCAUUAUAUAAACAACGCUCAGUUUCACAAUCGUCCUAUGGGACCUGGACAAAUACAGUCUCAACAGCCGGCCGGUAUGAUACCUAUGAAUUCAAUGAUGCAGGGAACAGCACCGAACGCCUACAAUAGACAAAAUCCCUAUGACCAUUCGAACGUCCCAUAUAUGACUCAACAACCACAAAUGAUGCACAUGUAUCAACAACCUGGCCAAUACUAUGCUCCUCCUAAUUCUUAUCAUAUGCCACAACCAAAUGUUAUGCAUCCUCAACAAUCAUCCAUGUAUCAAACACACUCUCAAAAUAUGAUGCCCGGUAUGUCUAGUCAUAUGGCACAGGCAAAUUUACCCCCAUCCCAGCCUCAGCGAUCACCAUCCACACAAUCUGCUUACAGUGGACAUGAUGAUUCAGCUCUGAAAUCCGAAGAUGAAUCGUUCAAAGAAGAACCGAGAAAUUGA